GCAGAUACAAGCGCGCGCGCGCACAUUCACGGUCUUGGUUCGAUAGCGACGAGCUCGUUCCUGUCCUGCCGUGAAUCCUAGAAUUUUGCGAGAGGAGAGCGAUCGUUCUAUCCUGCACAUCUCAGCGGAAAAUCUUAAAGAAUCUGUCACGAUGUCGAGCAGCAAGUGUGUGAAGCAGCCGCGUAAGACUUACACCAAAGAGCAGCAUGAGAUGACGCACUCCGAGAAGCUGAGGCUGAUUGACGACGAGCUGAAUUCCUUUUACAAAUACUGCCAGCAGGCGGGUUUCACCGAGGAGGAGAUGGACAUCAUUUGCCAGCCGCUCGUGGCGGCGAUGCGUCGCUCAUGGUUGCAGCUCGUCUUUCGCGGCACCUUGGUACUGAUAGUCCUGGGUACCCUCGCAUGCCUCGCGGCUCAAUUAGACAUUGUCGGCACACAUUUCACCGCCCUCAGUCGCCUGGUGCUAAUCAAGCUGUUACCGAUCUGGAAUUGGCAGCCGCUUUAUUACGAGAAUUGCAUGAUGAACAAUCCCUUCUACAAUGAUUACACCAUCACAGAAGAGGACUGUGUAACCUGCGAGGCGUUGGAAACGAUAGACCGUCUGUCGGACGUGCGGUAUCGUAAUCUGGUUGACAAUUACCUGAGUCGCGACGCACCAGCCAUCAUCACGGAUGCGAUGGAUUCUUGGGCGGUUAUGAAUACCGAUUACUUCUGGUUCGACAAUAUUACUCAUCUCUAUCUGGAGAACGAACGGCUGAUGGAGACUGUACCCUGCGCCCUGACCUCGAAUCUGCGUACCGGCUCGUCCGACCUCGCGGCAUUUCUACGACGCGUGCAUGCGCCUGAAGUCGCCAAGUGGUUUGUUCACUGGCAGAACUGCGACAUCAACGCCGUGAAAGUGCUCAGAAAGUACUAUCAGCGACCAUACUUCCUCUCCAGCACGGUCUCGCCAGCGCAUUUCAACUGGGUGCUUAUGUCCUCGGAUUACAAUAGCCCGAGCUACAAGAAGGUCGAGCUCGACUCCGGCCUGAUCGCCCUCGCUCAGCUCCGUGGUGCGACUCAGCUGCGUCUCACCCCCAUAAAUCCCUGCAAUAGUUCGUGCCCCGAGCUGAUCGCCGAUCUACAUCAAGGCGAGAUGCUCGUGUUCACGAAUGUGAUGUGGACGCUUGAGUACGCACCGAUGCGCGGCCUGGAUAACAUCGCCAUACUCACGGAAACUGUCUGGGAGGAGGACACAUAGAUUAUAACUUGGAGAUCGUUUCAUCUCGGAGAUCUCAUCGUCACGCGAAAUACCCCUAGUCCCGCAAUACUCUCCGACGUGACAGCGUCGGUAUAUAUCAUUAUAUAUAUAUAUAUAUAUAUAUAUAUUGUAUACUCGUUCCCCAUUAUGAUACGCACUAAAUAAAAAUUGAGCAUUCUGGUUUCA